AAAUGAACAAAUAACAAUUGGGAUCAAUAAUAGUAUCAGUAGUAACAAGCACGUAACUGAGCAAACAAGCACGUAAGCCAAUUUCACAUAUGCUGACAGCUAAUCUAAAUGGUUGAGGACAGUGCAAGCAUUUUGCAGAUAAGAAGAAAUGGCAAAAAACUUAUCUUCAUUACUCCUUUGCAUUGCUGUGGAGAUAUUCGCAAUUAACUGCUGCUUGGCGACAACGUGUGACCAGACUUAUACUGCAAACUAUGGCGUGGUGACGUUAAAAACGAGUCCUCCAAACUCUAUCACGCAAUGCCGAUUUGUAAUCAAGGCUCCAUCUGGGUACCACGUUCAGCUUGAAAUAACAAACAUUGGGAGUGGCUAUAGUAACUGCUAUUACAACUCGUUACGACUAUUCGAGGGAGGAAAUCCUGACUUCGUGAAUGACAUUCCUACUGCUACGUAUUGCAGCAUAAACAGCGAUCGUCCCACAUAUCUCUCUCAAGCCAGUACCCUUACAGUUCUGCUUACAAGAAGAUCUGGAUACAGCUUUAUGUAUCCGACAAUACAUUUCAGACUUGUUCCAGGAUACAACAUGGUAUUCAAUCUAUCUGAAGGCUUCAUACCCUCGCCCAAUUUUAUAAACAGACUCUUGCCACGAAGCCAGUCGUUCACCUACCGCUUGGAAGGAGCGCCUGGAAUGAAAGUCCAGCUUUUCUUCUCCUACAUGAACCUUGGGUCGAGCCAAACGUGCACUGGAGCACGUCUUUCGAUUUAUGAAAGUCCUACAGCAACAGGCGUGCCAGCACAAACAAGAUGUGGUAGAAACACGACAUCCUAUUUGUCAUCAACGAACAUAAUUUCCUUGAAAUUUGAUAACUGGGCAUCGCUUUCGGGACCUGAGUCAGGAUUCAAAAUUUUUUACGCAAUUGGUACCGAGGGUUGCAAGCGCAAGUACUCUGGAUCCAGUGGUGAGAUCUCGUUUCCACUCUACCCAUUCAACUACCCAAACAAUACCAAAUGCAAGUAUGACAUUUCUGUACGCGAUGGACAAAUGAUCUUUAUCUAUAGGCCAUACUAUUAUUCUUCCUAUGGCGAUUCUUUGAAUAUUUUUGAAAGAAUUGGAACUACUGGUGAAACAAUUGUGACAAAUCUGCUAAAUGAUGCGGAAAUGACAUAUUGGUCCAUCGGAAAAGAUAUAACAAUGGUGUUCCAGAGUGAUAACAACAAUGUCAUUACAGGAAUGGCGAUGCACUACACCGCAACAAACGGUUGCAAUCUGGUCCUUGGAACCACGCAGACAUUUGUUUCUUCCCCGUUGUUCCCGCACAAUUACCCAAAUGGACUCACUUGCACUUACUUAUUUGGCCAAGAUCAAUCACCCAGGGAAUACGGAAUUGAAAUGGUACUUCAAGAAAUGAGACUGGAGGACAGUCCAUCAUGCAAAAAUGAUAGUUUGAAAGUUUACGAUGGUGCAAAUGCCACCACAUUGCUUCUAGACAAUCUAUGUGGAUCACCUGGUCAUAAGCAGUACGUAUCCUCUACAGGAAAGUUAUAUAUGAUCUUCAAAACAAACGGGAAAAGUCGCUUCAAAGGAUUCAGAGCACGGUUGAGAUAUAGCUACAGAUAUUUAGACUAUUUAUACAGCGACUGGCAAACAGGUACAUUACAAUCAUGGAACUAUCCAUACAAUUAUCCACAUCGAAGGUCAGAAAUAAGGCGCAUUUCUACAUCCUAUGGAAACAGAAUCAUUCUUAGAUUCACACACUUUGAUUUGGAAAAGAGCACAGGUUGUAGCAAAGACAGUCUCAAGAUAUAUGAAGGGUCAGUUUCAAAGGAAUCUCUGAAGUCAACAAGAUGUGGAAAGGACGGUGAUCCAUAUGUAUCUAAUUCGAACAGCGUUAUUUUGCUAUUCACAACAGAUGUAAGAAUUUCAAAGACUGGUUAUGAGUUUAAUUUUGAAGCAUGUGGAGGAGUGUACUCAAACUACGAAAAUAGAAUCAGGUUCCCAUGGUAUUAUUCAAGAUACCCGAAUGGAUCCAACUGCCGGUAUGAAGUUACUGCAAAACAUGGCUUCGGAAUAAGAAUUAUAUUUAACAAAUUUUCCCUUGAAAAUAGUCUAGACUGCAAAAAUGACAAAUUUUCCGUUUAUGAAACGGCAGUUGCAAGUGAAAAUUUAAUUGCAACAAGAUGUGGCAAUAACAUGACAGAUGUCUUUUCAAGUGCAGCGAAGGUGAUAUUCGUAUUUCGAUCGAACGAGGACAUAGAUGAUACCGGCUUUGAUGUUACUGUCCAAGCAUGCAGCAGUUUAUUCAGAAACGACACAGGAACAUUGUUCUCUCCCCAAUAUCCUUACAAUUAUCCAACGAACUCAAAGUGCACAUAUUUCAUUCGACUAGCCAAAGGUGCCAAAAUCCAACUGGUGUUUCGCAAUUUCUCACUCUUCACUUAUCAGAGCGAUCGAUUGACAAUAUAUGAUGUGCAUGCGUCUUCCAGUUUUUCGUAUUAUGGCUCCAAUGCCAAAGACUAUUUAGCGUCAGGCAACGAAGUUGUGCUCACGUUUUCAUCUUGGUGGAGGAGGACCACAGUAAACUCUUUCAAAGGAUUCCGAAUCUACUAUUACGAUCGCCAAGGUUUUUGUAGUAAGUACAAGCCCUGUCGCAACAAUGCAUCAUGCACAAACAUUGGAGAUAGCAAUUAUACAUGCAGCUGCUCAGAUGAUUUUACUGGUCGGAACUGCUCUGUAAAGAUCGUUCCAUGCAAAUCCAACCCAUGUAUGAACAAUGGAACAUGUACAGAUCUUUAUGGUCAUGGCAAACCGACGUUCAACUGCAGUUGCACAGAUGAUUUUCAAGGAAACAGAUGUCGGAAUCAAAUUGGAUUCUGCACAAAGCACAAGCCCUGUCAAAACAAAGCAUCUUGCACUUCUACUGGAAAUGGCAUCUACACUUGCAGUUGUCCAGUCGACUUCACUGGAAAAAAUUGUUCCAUUAAGAUUGUUCCUUGUAAAUCUAACCCAUGUCUGAACAAUGGGAUUUGCACUGACAUUUAUGGCCGUGGCCCACCAAUGUUUCAAUGCAAAUGUCUAUAUGAAUAUUAUGGCACACGAUGUGAGCACGAAAAAGAUCCAUGCAGUCACUAUUUAUCAGAUGAUACAUGGAAAAGAAGCACUAGCUUCAAACACAACCCAUCGCGGACUCCUUUGUGUGACAAGGGUCUCACACCAGGAUGGUAUCGUUUCACAAGCAAAGCUGGUGAUAAAAUGCCCAAUGAACCGCCUAGUAUCGGAGCUUGCGGAACACCUAAUUCGAUUUGGGCAAAUGGAACUUUGCCAAAAACUGAUGGUAGCUACAGUUCAUUGGUGGCCUGUGUGAGAAACAUUGACUCAACCUGUUCAGAGUCUUGGCCAUUACCUGUGAAGCGAUGCCGUGGAACUGCAGCUCAUUUUUUUGUUUAUAAGUUGAAGGACCCUAACAAAUGUCCACUUUCUUAUUGUGCAGGUUUUCAAGUGCCAUGUCCAAGGGGCAGAAGUUCUCUGACCGGUUUUCCACCGUGUGAUGAUCCUGUUCCUGUUUUUUGGAAUGUCCAAGUGAAACCGUCCUACAAUGGUGGCAACAUCAUUUUUAGUUGCAAAUUCACUACAAAAGGGAAAGACGAAGGUGCUCGCUAUGAAGUUAGAUGGUUUCAAGGCAACUCAACGAUUCCAUUUCGAACAGCAAUGUUAACACAAACUGAAAACAGUGACACAGUACAAAAUGACCACAAGGCUGGCAAAUGGCACUUUCGUAUUGGAAGAACGGUUUACUGUCGUGUCAGAAGCUUUUAUCAAAAAUCUGCCAAUAUUAAGAGCCAAUAUUCCGAAAGCAAUCAUUUUUAUCCGGGUUUAAAGGUGGAGCUUCCCAAUGCAAAGCGACACAAAAUCAGGGAAGCAGGGGAACCACUGAAGAUAACCGUAUCACGUACAAUUGAUGUUGUUUGCUCAGGAUCGAAGCAAUGUUCUGUUCGCUUGUAUAUUAGUCAUGACAAUCCGGAGAUAUUACUGAGCACGUGUUCGGUGUUGCUUGAUAACAAGCGUUCUUCGCAAACAAUCGAGGUUCAUGCAAAACGAGAUUUCAUCGACGAUGGUGACAAAUCGGUUACUUUGAAAAUGGCAAUCGACCAAGACACAAAUGCCACUGAUUGGCUAUCUCACCAAGAAUUUGACAAUAUCAAUAUUGAUGUCAUUGAUGUUCCAACUGCAAGGUGCUGGUCAAAUGGUGAUCCACGGAUUCUCACUUUCGAUAAGCAAUAUUUUGGACACUUUCAACCAGGUGACCAUGUUUUCGUCAAAAGCUCUGCACGCAAAUUUGAGGUCCACGUGCGCACAUGGCAGUGUGGAUCUGUUACAUGCAAUUGUGGUGUGGCAGUAACGGAAGGUGAUGACACCAUACUUCUUGACAUGUGUUGGGAUGGAAUUCCAAGAAUUCGAUUCUUAAGCCACCAGGAGCCCGCAGAAGGCACAACAGUUAGAAGAGACCCUACUGGAAAGAGCUUCGUGAUGAAAUUUCCGUCCGGAUCGUAUGUGCGUUUCGACUCAUUCUAUUCAUAUGCAAAUGUCAUUGUCCAAAUUCCCAGCGACGAUUACCAAUCAACGACAGGACUAUGUGGAACAUUUGAUGGAAAUUACUUUAACGAGCUGCUUAGCAAAGAUGGAAAUUAUCAUUAUCAUGAAUACGGGUGGACUGCACCGCUAGCAUUCUCAGAGAGCUGGAAAAUGCAGCUUGGAAGAAGCUUGUUUUAUUAUCGUGGGGGAUCGUCAAAAUGUAUGAAUUCAAAGACGGCCUAUUGUGACUGCAGCUUACCUGCCGGCAGCACAUCUAAGCCUGUAUGCAAGAAGUAUACAUCGAUUUAUCAACAGACGGAAUUCGAGCAAAGCUACCGGGGUUGGAAAGAACUUCGGCAUCCAAAUGCACAAAAAUGCGCCAAAAGAAAGAGAAGGUCUUCCAGCAACGUUGUCACACUGCCUGACGACAAUGAUGCUCUUGAUUACGUUUAUGACCCAAAACCACUGAGGAAUGUGACAGUAUCAUGGCCAACAAAGUCAGGAAAGACAGCAAAAAGUGUUACUGAUUAUUGUGAAACAGCCAUUAAAGAUUCGCCUCCUGGAAAGAUUUGUGCUAAAAUCAAUGAGUUCAAUUUUACAACAUUUAUCAUGCAGUGUGUUGAAGACAUCAAGAUUACUGAUGACAAUGAAUUCGCAAGAGCUGCAGUUCGUGCAAUGCAAGAUGCAUGUGAGGAAAUUCUAUUGAAGAAUACUUUAUAUUGGGAAACAGACCCGUCGUCAAAUGGCUCUAUGGUCCCCUCUUUAGAAAUGGGCAACACCCUUUGUCCAGGUAUGUGCAGUGGAAAUGGAAGAUGCAUAAAUGCAACGUGUGUUUGUGAUGGCAAUUUUACAUCUGCUGAUUGUUCCAUCGACAAAAACAAAGGACCUGUGGUGACGUCAAUACCAGGCAAUGGCUUAUGCGAUGCAAGAAACCGUAGUGAUUGUCAUUUGAUAAGAAUCUCAGGAAAAGAUUUCAUCGACUCGGAGCAACUUACGUGCUUAUCCAUCAAGGUUGAAGUAAAAGAUGGGAGUAAAAAUGAUCAAAAUGGAAAGCGGAAAUUCAAUUCAGCUUACCUACUCAGUUUUCGUGAGGUUCUGUGCGAUUUAGGCAACCACCCUGUUUCUACUGUUGGUGACCCUAGAAGCUCAAAGGGCAUUCCGUUUGCUAGUUAUCGCCUUCAAGUGUCAAAUGAUGGGAAUCGCUUCAGCAGUAACAGGCUACAAUACACGGUUUACGACUCCAAAUGUAUGCAAUGCAAUGCCACCACCAAAGAAUGCUCUUUAAAGCCAAACACCUGCAACGUGAAUGGUCACUGCUAUCUCAAUGGCGAAAAAUACUCAAAAGACCCUUGCUUUGUGUGCAAACCAUCAUUAAACAAGUUUGAGUUUUCAACUGAAUGCACUGCAAGUAGCAAAAACUUGACAUUACUGAUUGUGUUGGCAAGUGUCGGGUCUGCAGUUUUUGCUGCUUUGAUGGUUUGCAUAAUCAUCAAAAUAAAGAAAAGACCAACAAAAAAGAUAACACCACGUGAUCCCGACGAAUCAACUUCAACUACUUUUAACAACAAGGCCUUCGAAGCAAACUGUGAAGUGGAUAAAGCGCAUAAUUGAGGAAUCGAAAAGAAAAUCUUUCUCUACAGAGAUUCAGAGAUUUAGAACACAAGCUUGGUAAUAUUCUAUCCUAUAACAUUUUAGAUAAUUAGUUUUAUAUAUUAGUAGUUCUGAGAUCUGUCUGAAUCCAAUACUGGCUAUUUGAUGAUGCAGAAUCUUCAGCAACAAGAAAUGUGCAAGAAGCUAUACCUUUUUGCCAACAGUAGCCUGUUUAUAAAGUCUAUAAAAAACUUUUCGCUGCAUAUAGAGUUUUGUAAUAAAAAUAUAAAGCAAUAACAAGAUUAAAUGGAAUUAACCAUUUUGCUUCAA